AUGCGAGUAGCUGCAAGAUGCAUCAAUAGGUAUCCCUAUCUAACCAUCCUUCUUAUACUCUCAAUUUGCUUCUAUAUCUUUUUUGUCUGUUCUUACGAUUCCCCAGUCCAUAUCAUCCUGGAGAAAAUUCCAAAGCUUCGGCCUUCCAAAGCAACUGAAGACAUUUUCAAUUUCCUUCGCCUCGAUUCCGCAGCUCUUCGAGCUUUAUGCGAGAAGACGGAAUGGAAUCCGGACAAAGUUAUCUUUACAUGCGAUAAUUCCAUCGGCGGAGUUGGGGACAUACGUAACUCGAUACUGAACUGUGUACGGUAUGCGAUAUCCGCGGGUGCCGGUCUAGUAAUCCCUCGAAUUAUUCUUCAAAACCCGGAUGAUAUCUCGCAGAUUCGAACUGGUGAAAGAGUUAGUAUGGCCUAUAUGUUUGACUACUUUCAUUUCGUCGAUUCGCUCAAAUAUUCUUGUCCGCAAAUGGUCAUAUAUGGAUACAUAGAUGACGUUUCAAAUUCGAACGAGGGAAGAGGUCCUAUUACACUAUUGCCAGAAAGUUUAUACUCUUCUCCGAUUCCGAAAACAGGACUAGAGCAUCCGGAGAAAUGGGGAGAAUUGUUUGAGGAAUGGUUGGACGGUUAUUACUAUUUUGCGACGAAUGAGACGAUGAAUAUGCCGGUAACGGUUGAGCUUGGGAGAUCGUAUCUGCAAUAUCCGAUAUAUUCUGACGGAGAGGAAUUCGCACUUUCUUUUGGUGGGAUAUUGAAGUUCCGCGAUAAUUUGAGGAUUCUUGCUACUACUGUUUUGCAGAAUAUGUUAUCCACAUAUAACAUGUCUGGAGAUCUUUCGCAGCCGUUCCUCCCUGAUACAUUUUUCGGUGCGCAUCUCAGGACAGAGAUUGAUGCUACGAAAUCUUGGCCGGCUAAGGAUUGGCUUUAUCAACGUUAUGAAUUCCAAUCGAUACAAUACCUGAAGAAAUUGGCCUCUACAGACCUCACCCUAAUUUAUGUAGCAUCAGGCAACGAAACCGAAACCGCCCAGUUUGCACGAGACGCAGCUGCAUACAAUGUAACUACAAAAUGGAAGCUACUCGAUGCUAAAGAUAGGGAACUAUUGAGCAAAUUAUCAUGGGAUCAACAAGCGAUAGUAGAUUUUCUCGUUUUGACGAAAAGCUCGAAGUUCGUCGGAAUAGGCCAUUCGAGUUUCACGUGGAAUAUCGCGUUACAGAGACAUCAAUUUUUGGAGAAUAAGAAAGAUUACUUGGAUGGACCGGAGUUGUUAAGUGAUAAGUUGAGUACAGUGUUUGGGGAGACAGGGGGACAUCCGGAAUACGCAGCUUGUCUGUGGCCUUGA